CACACUUCUCUUCACCUCUGUUCUCGUGGAAAAGCGCACUAAAUGUAAUAACAACUCUGCACGCGCUUCCCUGACGCGUCCGCUGGGUUUUUGUUUUGUUUUUUCUUUUUGCGCACAUCUGCGCUCUGCUGUGCGCGUAAAGUGUCGGCGGGCUGAUGGUGUUUGUCCGGCGGAGGCUGAACACCGCAAACUGUGAGAAGGAGCACAAAGAGCCACAAGAAACAACAAAGUCCAACUCCACACCUACAUCUGCACCUCUGAAGGAGAGCAGGAGAAGAAAGAAGACAAGUCCAGCUUUUUCCACACCGAGAAGACUUUUUUUUUUUUUUUAAGUCAAGACUUCCAGAGGAAGUCGGCCAGAAAGAAUUGUCCUGUCUCCAUGAGGUGCUGAGGAAUGAACAAUCGCCAUGGAAACCCAGUCUCAGGCCAGUUCUGCAGCUGAAAAGAAAAAGAGGGUGGAAACCAUAGUGGCGACCAAGGGCUCAUCUGUACGCAAUGACAUCAGCGAGAAGGCCGUGGCCUCCAGCACCACCUCAAAUGAGGAUGACAGUUCAGGCACGACUUACCAUCGUGAGAGGCGUAAUGCUAUCAGCUCCCAGGCCCCGACGCCCGGCGCACUCGACAGGAGUAUCAGCGAGGAGCCCUCCACCUCCACAGAGGAGCACCCCUCAAUGCUGAAGAAGGAGCUGUACGGGUCCCUGCCCCACCUUGCUGACCACACUCUGCCAUACCGAGGCACCUUGUUCGCAAUGGACCCCCGCAACGGCUACUUGGAGUCACACUACCCUCCACCACAGUUCUUCCCAUCCUUCCAUCCUCCGGUGCCAGUUGACGAUCGACACACCCAGGGACGUUACAUCUACGAGCCUUCUCCCGUGCCCCCUCUUCAUGUGCCUCCUGCGCUGGCGGGCAGUCCAGCUUUCUCCGACAUAUCCCUGAUCCGGAUCUCGCCACAGCGGAACCCUUCUGUGGGGGCGGAGUCACCUUUUCACCCGCCGCACCCGUACAUCAACCCGUACAUGGACUACAUCCGCUCGCUGCACAGCAGCCCGUCCAUCUCCGUUCUUUCAGCCACACGGGGCCUCAGCCCUGCAGAUGCUCCUCACACAGGUCUGACCACAGCAGAGUACUACCACCAGAUGGCCCUGCUGGCGGGCCACCGCAGCCCGUACACCACCGACCUGAUCCCGUCUGCAGUGUCCACGGCUGGAGCAGCCGGUGCCAGUGCGCUCCACAUGGAAUACCUGCAGGCCAUGGAGAGCUCUCGGUUCUCAAGCCCGAGGCUGCCAUCACGGCCCAGCAGGAAGCGCCCGCUGCCCAUCUCACCCCUCUCCGAGCACAGCUUUGACCUGCAGACCAUGAUCCGCAACUCACCCAACUCUCUCGUCACCAUGCUCAGCAACUCUCGAUCCAGCUCCUCCACCAGUGGCUCCUACGGUCACCUCUCUGCUGGUGCCAUCAGCCCAGCAUUGAGCUUCGCCUACCCUCCAACUCCAGUGGCGUUGCACAUGCACCAACAGCUGAUUGGCAGACAACCGGGACUCAUGAGCUCCGCCUUUGGUCACAGUCCGCCCCUCAUCCACCCGACAUCGGCCUUCGCCACCCAGAGGUCCGUACCGGGCAUCCCCCCCUCCGGGCUCAGCACCAGUGAGCGCGCAGCAGUUUCCAGCGACUCCUCGCAGACAAAACCUACAAGUGAAUCUGCAGUGAGCAGCACAGGAGACCCGAUGCACCACAAACGCUCCAAAAUGAAACCAGAAGAAGAGCUGCCGAGUCCUGAUGCAGUGAGUGUGCAGGACCAUCCUGAUGGGAUGACCUUGGUGAAGGAGGAGGGGGACAAAGAUGAAAGCAAACAGGAGCCAGAGGUGGUUUAUGAGACAAACUGCCACUGGGAGAACUGUUGCAGAGAAUUUGAUACACAGGACCAGCUCGUACAACACAUCAACAAUGACCACAUCCAUGGGGAGAAGAAGGAGUUUGUGUGUCGGUGGGAAGAAUGCUCUCGAGAGCAGAAGCCCUUCAAGGCCCAGUACAUGCUGGUGGUCCACAUGCGCAGGCACACUGGAGAAAAACCACACAAGUGCACAUUUGAGGGCUGUACCAAGGCCUACUCCCGCCUGGAAAAUCUGAAGACUCACCUGCGUUCACACACCGGAGAGAAACCGUAUGUGUGUGAACACGAAGGCUGCAACAAGGCCUUUUCAAACGCCUCAGACAGGGCCAAACACCAGAAUCGCACACACUCAAAUGAGAAACCAUAUGUGUGUAAAAUCCCAGGCUGCACCAAACGCUACACGGACCCCAGCUCAUUACGCAAGCAUGUUAAGACAGUGCACGGGCCUGAGGCGCACGUCACCAAGAAACAACGCGGAGAUUAUCCACGGCCUCCGCCUCAGCCCCGGGAGUCUGGCGGUAACGGACAGGGGCGAUCGCCGGGGCAACUGUCGCUGGGCAGUUACACGGACCAAAGGGAGUACAACCACGCUACCUCAAAACAGGACGAAUGUCUGCAGGUCAAGUCCAUUAAGACGGAGAAGCCCAUGACGUCUCAGCCAAGCCCUGGCAGUCAGUCUACAUGCAGCAGUGACCAGUCCCGCGUCGGCGCCUAUCCCAGCGGUGGAGUCCAGCUUGCUCUGAGAGCUGGACACUCACCAGGGGAGGGACUGGAGGAGGAUGAGGAGAAAGAAGAAAAUGAAGAGGAGGUGGAGGAGGAGUGUGAGGGUGAGCCAGCCCCUAUCAUGGACUCCACAGUCUCGACGGCAACAGCGGCCAUGCUGACCAUGCAGGCGCGGCGAAGCGUUGGUCGUCCCCUGCGCUGGAUGGAGCACAUCAAGAUGGAGAGGCUGAAGCAGGUGAAUGGAGUGCUGCCGAGGCUGGGGUCCCUGCCCCCUACACCGCCCCCUAAAGGAUCCACAUUGCCAAACAUCACGGGGAAGGGAUCCUGUUUGGGCAGGCCGUGGGGGACGUCUGCUCCUCAGCCACCUGCUCAAGUUGAGCUGAGCAACACGGACCUAACAGUGCUAAAUCUGCUCCGUGACCGACGCGACAGCACCAGUAGUGCAACCAGCUCUGCUUACCUGAGCAGCAGUCGGCGCUCCUCAGGGAUCUCCCCCUGCUUCUCCAGCCGACGUUCCAGCCAGGCAUCCCAGGGUGAUGGCCCGACAGUGGCCGCCCAUCGGUAUCGCCUCCACAACCUGAGCUCCACAGACUCUUACGACCCAAUCUCCACGGAUGCAUCCCGCCGCUCCAGUGAAGCUAGCCAGUGUGGAGGCGGGGUAGGAGGAGGGGGUGGGUGGGCGCUUUCAGCUGGUGGCUGUGGAGGCAUAGGAGGAGUAGGGGGGUCACGAGGAGUGCUCAAUUUAACCCCAGCACAAAGGUACCACUUGAAAGCCAAGUAUGCAGCUGCAACUGGUGGCCCACCUCCCACGCCUCUACCAAACAUGGAGCGCAUGAGCUUGAAGACUCGCAUGGCCAUGAUGGAUGAGGGUGGUGGCAAUAGCAUAUUGCCCCCAUUACUCAAGCCACAGCAAUGCAAUGAUAGCACCAAUGGGCAUAUUGGACAGGCAGGCUACCGGAGGAGGGUCCUCUAUCCUGGUGAAGGACCACUAAAUGGGAAUCGGAGGGCCAGUGACCCAGUGCGAACUCAAGCUCCUGAUACUUACAGUCUGUCCCCAGUCCAACGCUUCAACAGCCUUAACAAUCUUCACCCUCUUCCGGCUCUAUCUAGUAUUCAUCACCCCACACCUGACACCCACAGCUUUAGCAUACAGAACUACACUCGCUCAGAUGGCAACCUGCAGAGAGGCCUGCAACACUCACCUUAUGCCCCAAGCAUCACAGAACACUCAGCCUUAGAAACCUUGGCCAUGGAAGAGUUGCUUGGAGAUGAGAACAUGCUGCCUGAUGACCUAGUACAGUAUCUUCACUCCCACAUGCAGUCAGAUGGUGGCUCCUUCAUGCACAUCGAGGACCAAAUAACUUCUAUCCAAAGGGACAUCUCCCAACCAUUUGUGGAAGACACUGAGCAGAUCCAGAAUCCAGUGCCAAACAUGCCCUUCAGUGGGUCUCAAAAUCUGCAACAACACCAACAAAUAGUAGAAAGGAAGAGCCGCAGUAAGCUUCCUAUCCAAUGGAAUGAGGUGAGCUCUGGGAGUGCUGACAGGUCCCCUCAGAGGGAGCAGAAUCAUCAGGCUCAGUGUGGCAGGUGGUUGAGCACUCAGCAUGCACCCAUUUCUGCACCUUUUGGCAGGUUUGCAAAUAUGGUGGUUCAGCAGCAAAUGCCCAAUGACUUCCAGAACAGUUGUGCCCAGACUAAUCAGACUCAGAGUGCUUGCAGUGUCAACCCUGAAGUGAAACUAGAGACAUCCACCAACUCCUGUAUGGCGAUAAGAGGGAGUAGUCAGACCUCUACAAACACCAUGAGCAGGGCUCACUUCACACAAAUCAAUGAUGGGCCUUUUCUACAGAGCCUCAAAAUUCCAACCUCAACCAGUCCUCAAAAACAGAGCCACUCCCAAGAAAACUACAACAGUAGAACCUCUUGCCAGGUUGGAAGCAACCUUAACCUAAACCGUACCUCUAUGGGCAGCAUCCCCAACUUCUCCCAGGGACCUGGUAUUCAUCACAAUCACCAGAUUCAUGCCCCUCACCCACCAGUCAACAGUUGUAGGACUUUUGCAAGGACCCAGCAGUACCUCAAUUCAGCUAAUUCCAGUGAAAUUCAGGCUGGCAUGAAUCAGCAGCAACAUCUGCACAGGAGUGUGAAGCAGUGUUCUCUGACACCUAAAACAUCUGGAUUGAAACUGGAAAUCCAAGAUGAUGGAUAUUUAGAGAAUAGCUUUAAUGGCCACUUAGCCCUUGAGCCAGCAGACCCCAAGACCUCCUCAUUCCCUGUCCUGGAGAACCAGUGCUUUCUGGACUCCAUGGCUGAGUCUGUGGAACAAGGUGAUGCCGGUGGCAGUGAGGACCCAGCCACUCUUCUCUCCCCUGGUGCUGACCAGGUGACCAGCACAGUGGACAGCAAUGUAGCUGAUGUAUUAGUCGAGGGUGCAAGUUUGGACUUUGAUGCCAUACUGGAGGAUGGCUAUGACCAGGGAAGCCUGGUCUCAGGUGUGUUGAGUCCAUCUGUGUUUCCAGGUCUGUCCAGGACCUCGUCACGAUUAACCACCCCACGAACAUCGAACAUCUUCCACAAUGUGACCCCUGGCUUCACCAACAUGGCCAUUGGAGACAUGAGUUCCCUCCUCACCACACUUGCUGAGGAGAGUAAGUUCUUGGCUAUCAUGCAGUAGUAGAUGCUCUUUCUCUCUGCCUUCUCCUCCAUUAGGGAAAAACCAAGGAAGAGAUAAAACUGGUGUAUGUGAAGCAGAAACUAUGAAAAUUAUAUACUUAAAAGAGAAUUUCCUUCAUAGUUGUGCAAGCUCAGAACAGCACCCUUAGAUCUUCAAACUGAGACACGCGGUGUUGAUUUGGUUUUGAACAACUCACUGUUUCAAAACGAAUCCAAAGUCAUGGGGCUAGAAAUGUGGAUUUGGAGGGGGGCGCUGUUUUACACUAAUAAUUAUGAAGGACCGCCUCUUUCAGUGUGUUCUUGAGCUGGCAGUUGCUGGCAGGAUAUGUUCACGUUAUUACAGCCUGAGCCAUAUUAAAAAUUGUUAGCAAUCAACCCUUUGAGUGCUUUUCUCAGCUUUAAUGAGUGCUUUGUUUGCUAGAAAUCCUUUUUGAAAAAUUAGAUUUGGUAGUAGUUCAUCAGAGUGAAAGGAGCAACAAUCCCGGGGGUUAAAAAUACACAAUACCCUCUAAAAAGCCAACAAACUGAACAUAUCCAACCUACUUCAUGAAUUGUGAGCAGAGCACAUGAUGCCACAGUGAUAUCUGUCUGACUGUCCACCUGUAAAUGUUAUCUUCACUGCAUGAAAAACUUGACUUACUGGGUGUCUUACCGCCAUCACAUCCAGGUGACAUGGUGCCUUCACAGAAGCCAAUUGACUUCUGAGCCACUAGUAGGCACUAGCCGCUAAGUGAAAGCAGAAAUGAUUACUCGUGCACAAUUGACCGGAUCUUCACCAAAUUUCUAUCAUAGUUUCCCGCAAUGGCUACAUCAUGUUGCAAAGCUCAAAGUUCCUCAUAUGAGAAACUGUGAUUCCUCCUACUACAUUGGCUGGAAAGUCAUUAAAGAUGGUUUUUCAACUUGGCCUUCUUUUCAGGGUAAUUCAGGAAGAUCAGUGGGAAAAGGAGUUUGACUACCAAUACUUAGACCUGGGUCUGGUUCCUGGUCCUGCUACAUGUCUAUGUCAUUGGGCAAAGCCAAUUCAUCUGCCUUGUCCCAGUCCACCCUGCUAUAAAUGGUACCAGCAUUAGCUGGAGAAGUAACUUGUGAUGGACUGGUGCCCAUCCAGGGGGAGUCAUACACACUUGUUCUCCUUCACGGAGAUAAGCACAGGCACUAACGGACCCACAGGGCCGAUAUAGCACUUACCUGUUCUUCUACUUUUCAGGGUUACAGUGGUCAAAGUUCAAACUGGAUGUGGCCGGCACAUUUUGUAAUUUCCUUUGCUUGUCAGCCUGUUUAUUGGUAAUACCACCUUCAACUAUUAUACUUGCGGGUAGAAAUGCCCCUGCUCUGUGGUGCUCUUGUUUUCUAAUAUAUUGGCUUAUAACAACCCUGCAACGAUCUUCAAAGAUAGUUCCAGUCAGUUUGUUUAGCGCAGAUGUCACGCACAGCAAUAGUCCCUUUAUGGACCGUAAUAAUUCAUGUAUAUUGUAUAUGUAUAUAUAUAUCAUGUUUGGAAAAGCUAAUAUUUUGGCUUCAUGUGGAACAAUGCAGUUGUCAAAGUUGAGUCAAGCACUCAGAGUCUUGAUUAUGAACAAUAUUUUCAUAUGACUAAGAUUACAGAAAAGUGGACAUGUCAUUUUACAUCCCACACAAAAAGUGGGAUGUAUCAGUUAUGUACAGAUAAAUAGUUAUAUUCCAUUUGUGGAAUUAAGGCAAUUUUUUUUUUUUUGGUAAACCCUUCUUUUUGUAUGACUGAUUUUUUUUUUAUAGUAUUUGUGCGUCACUGGUUUUGCUGUACACACUGUUGGUAAAAAAAAUAAAUAAAAUGCAUGUAUUCCAUAUUAAACAUAAACACUGUCUUUAAAAGUACAUAGACUAGUAGCCCUUGUGUCAUCGAUUACGAUCGCACAAGUACAACGCCGCUAAGGUCGUUCUCGUGCCAGGUUUGACGGGGGUCAGGAAUUUUAAGAGGCCCUGAUGAUAUCUUUAUAUGUCAUAGGUUUUAUUAAGUAGCAGAUUAACAUUUGUUGUGUUUUUUAUGUUAUUUUUGUGAAUCUGUAAAGUUUCAGUGCUUCUACCAAGUUUUACCAAGUGGUGUUUUUGUAAUGAAUAUUGUGGUACGGUCCCAAAAAAAUAAUAAAUUCUAAAAAAAAAAAAAACAAAACAAAACAAAAAAAAACAAUUUCCAGAAAAAAGGGACAAUACAUACAAGUAUUCGCAGGCACCGUCGGUAGAUGUGUACUUGAUAUCUAAAUAUCUUGAUUUAGUGUGUUAAGGUACUCAAAAUGUAUAUAACUGUUUUGAUAUUCUGUUUGUGGUAAUAUGAUUUUUAAUUUUUUUUUUUUUUAUGUUUGAUUGCACGCUUGUUCAGAGCUGUGAAAAUGGACAUAAGAGUUCCUGUUUGGUGCUUACACAGAUUUACAUUUUUAACGUCUUACGGACCCACAGUGGUUCGUAACACACAAACUCCCCUCUCAUGAUAAACAAGUUUUUAUUUGUUUUAUCUCCAAAGCUCUUACCUUCAGAACACCAAGAAGUAUUUCAGUGACUGUGUGGACAGUGUUCAUACUUUUUUUUUUUUUUUGACUCUCAGUCUCACGUGACUGUGCACAUCAAGUCAAAACAAUGAGGUACAAAUUGUUUGGUACUUUUGUUGUUUUUUUUUUUUUGUAUCCAUGUAUUGAUGCUUUGUUCUCAAAGAAGAAGAAAUCGUUUCCUUUGAAAGAAGGAAAUUGUGCCUUAUUCGUAUCCGAGGAGAUCACUGCCAAUCUUACAUUUUGAAUGAUAAAGAAAAUACCAUGUAAAGUGUCUCAUGAGACCCAGAAAGGAUAGAAAAAUUUAUAUAAGAAAAAUCUGAAUAUUAGAAAAAAGAUUUGAAAAAUGCAUUCUAAUUUUUUUCGCCACAUUUAUUGUCGUUUUAUAUAUAAUGUGUAAAUACAGUACUCUUUGUGUAGAUUUAGGAGAGGAAAAUGAGGAUGAUCCUGGGGCCAAAAAAGAACUGAAAGCAGGGAUUCCCAGACGGAUCUGGCUCCGAUCACAGUGUCACGUGCACAGCACCGCUCCUCCGCCAGAAGAGCCGCUUUGCUCUUUUAUAACUGAUUGCAAAUGUUUGUAUUGUUUUAAUAAAAACAGAAAUUAUA